GGAGAGACAGAAGCUACAGACUAGAGGCACACAAUAUGUGUUGGCUCUAGCCGAAAAGGAGGCUGUAUUCUUCAAGCUAAAUCAUGUAAUGUAAGCGGCGAAAAGGAGAGCGAUUUCGUCUUUUCAUCAAUUACAGAAACAAAAAUACUCGAUCGGACAAAACAUGUCCAAGCCAGGGGAGAGAAACAGAUUGAACGAAGACCAUGGCAGAAAGCAGAGUUCAAGUCUGGCGAACGGCAUGGACAGUCAUCCCGUCUGCGGCUCGGCGGAGAAGCGGAGUCACCACUGGAGAAGUUACAAGUUGAUAAUCGACCCGGCGCUGAAGAAGGGAUCCCACAAACUGUAUCGCUACGACGGGCUGACUUUCAACAUGCCCAACCCCGGGAUACCACCAGUGGACAUGGUCCGGGACCCGAGGAUCGGUCGUCUAUGGACUAAGUAUAAAGAAACGGACCUACCUGUGCCGAAAUUUAAGAUCGAUGAGUGCUACAUCGGCCCCGUGCCUCCAAAGGAGGUGACAUUCGCCCGGCUUAACGACAACAUCAGGGAAGGGUUUCUUACCGAUAUGUGCAAGAAAUUCGGAGAAAUCGAGGAAGUGGAGAUCUUGUACAAUCCGAAGAAUAAAAAGCACUUGGGAAUUGCCAAAGUUGUUUUUGAAACCGUGAAAGCUGCCAAGGUGGCCGUGCAGUCGCUCCACGACACGUCUGUUAUGGGAAACAUCAUCCACGUGGAGCUGGACCCGAAAGGUGAGAAUCGCCUCAGGUACUUCCAGCUCUUGAUGAAUGGCAGCUACACCCCACGGACCCUGCCUGUUGGAGGAGAGGAAGCCAGAGAAAUUUCCCCUCGGAGCUUGGCAGAAGCCUUACUGGCCUGUGAGCCGAUCCGCAGGCUGUCAGAGAGCAGCGUGUCUGCUGUUGGAGGAACAUUGCCCCCCAGCAGCUCCACCACUCCACUGUCCCUGGAAACGGGCUACUCCAGCCUAAGGCAGGACACACCCCAAUCCCAGGGUACCCCUCAUACCCCACGCCAGACCGGUACGCCCUUCUCACAAGACUCCAACUUCUCCAGCAGGCAGUCCACGCCCGCGUAUCAGUCCGGCCGGCCUGAGAGCUCCGGAGCUUACAAAUCUCGCAGACAUGAGAGUAAGUUCCAGGAUGCAUACAACCGCAGGCCGGAGAGACCUCAGUACCGCAGCAACAUGUACCGAAGUACAACAUCAUCGGAAUCCUUUAAACCGCACCAACUCACCCCGCCUGAACCUCCACCGUCCACCCCCUCCUUCACCUACACGGCACCCCCGCCUGCUACACCCAAUUUUAAGUCUGCUUUCUCGCCCUAUCAGGCCCCUUUGCCCCCUGCAUUCCCCCCGUCAGAGCCAGCUUUCCAUCACCCUGCCCAAAGGGAGGGUGAGUAUCUCCGACCACCACAGCCGCCUCUAGCAGCCGCCACAGACUUUUUACCUGUCAAGGAUAGACCUGAAACUCCUCCCAUCCCAGAACCCCCGCCGGAACCCAGUCCCCAUCCCACCACGCCUCCUCCUCAAACGCCAGAACACUGCCCCUCGCCCGGCUCCCCUACGCUAGACCCAGAGCGAAAUAGCCUGGAUUCCCGCAUAGAGAUGCUCCUCAAGGAAAAAAGGACAAAGCUUCUGCCGUUCCUCGAGGAGCGAGACUCGGACACUGAAGUGAGGAUGGAGGGCAGUCCGAUUUCCUCCUCGUCCUCUCAGCUCUCCCCGAUCCCCCCUUACACGAGUGGCUCCCAAGGUGGCCAGCUAAACUCCCGCCCCUCCAGCACAGGUUUAGAGGACAUCAGUCCCACCCCGCUACCAGACUCGGAAGAUGAAGAGCCGAUUCCUGGAACGGCGGCCUUGGUCAAGAGAAGCAGCUCGCCUGUCCAGGAGAAGAGCAACAGUGAGCUCAAAGACGGACACUUUCGAGUCCACACGCCCACUGAUACAAUGGAAACGGGUCAUCAGUCGUCAGGAGAAGACAUGGAGAUCUCUGACGACGAGAUGCCGGGGACUCCCAUCACCAGUGGGGACUGUGGCCAGAUGCAGACCAUCACCAUGCCUCCCCACGGCUUCCCCCACAUCCCCCACCAGGCCGGCUUCCCCAUCCCGCACCACCACCUGCACUCUGCCGUCCAGGGACACCCUGCUCACCUGGCUGCUCACCCCGGGGUGCCUCAUCAUUUGCUGCCCCACAUGGGUCCCUACGCUCCGAGCAUGAUGCCGCUGGUGCAGAUGGAGCUGAUGAACUGCCUGCGCUGGGAGCAGUGGAGCAGCACCGUCCCAAUGUCCUUCCAGAUGCAGCAGCAGAUGCUGAGUCGCAUUGCGCAGACUCGAGGGCCAUUUCCUUUCCCACAUUUUUUGGACGGUGGUGCGUCGGGGCCCUAUGGAGGACCUUAUCAACCUCCGUCUAUGGGUGCUACGCCUGCUAGCAGCACAGGAGCACCCGGACAACAGUGGCAGCACCCCAGUAUACCAAAGUUUAACCCCACCGUUCCACCUCCUGGAUAUGAGAGCAAAAAGGAGGAUCCCCACAAAGCAACCGUAGACGGGGUGCUGCUCGUCAUUGUCAAAGAGCUGAAGGCCAUCAUGAAGAGGGACCUCAACCGCAAGAUGGUGGAGGUGGUGGCUUUCAGAGCCUUUGAUGAUUGGUGGGAAAAGAAGGAACGCUCAGCAAAGGCAUCUUUGACUCCAGUGAAGGGUGUAGAGGGGAAGGAAGAAGAAAAACCCAAACCCAAAGAGACCAUGGGCUCAAGCCUGCUGGAGAACUGGAACAAGGGGGAGGGGCUGGGCUAUGAGGGGAUGGGCCUGGGGAUUGGUUUGCGAGGAGCCAUCCGCUUACCUUCCUUCAAGGUGAAAAGAAAAGACCCACCUGAGACUACAGCAGUGGGAGACAACAAACGAGCACGACCCUCCACUCCUGUAGACGACGAGCUGGAGGAUGAAGACCGGGAUCGAGAAGCCACUGGACUCCCUUCGGAUGAUUCCAAAGUGGAUGCCGAUGGUUUGUCAGCAAAGCGACGGCACUCGCGUCCUCUUGAACUGGACAGUGAGGGCGAGGAGGAGGUGGACACCUCGGGGAAGGAGGAGGAGUCAUUAUCAGACAGGGAGCAGGAGCCUGACGGAACGGAGGCUGCUGAUAGGCUGUCCGGCAAAGAAAGUGGUGAUGAGGACGGUGAUGAUGAAGACGACUCAUCCAGUGAAAGCGCUUCCUCAGAUUCUUCUGAUGAUGAAAGUUCGGCUUCCUCCAAGGCCAGGUCGGACUCCUCAGGAGACAGCGAUGACUCCUCUUCAGAGUACGAGUUAAGCUCGGAGGAGGAGGAGGAGGAGGACGACGAGAAGGCUUCCCGUGAAGUAGACAAUGAUGUCAAAAAGGCAGACACCUCCUCGACGUCUUCGUCCUCGUCGUCUUCGUCUUCUGAUGAAGAGGGGGAGGAGGCAAAGACCAAAGCAUCAAGCCCGACUGCAAGACCGCUUUCAGAGGAAAAGGAGGACCAGAGGAGCAGGGAGGAGCUGAGCAGUAAAGCUAACCACAGACCUCCAAGUCCUAAAGAGGAGGUCAUGGAGGACAGGAAACCACCAUCGCCCAAAGGACUCCUAGUUAAAGAGCGAGUCAUCAGUGUGGACGGAAAGAUUCCCGUAGUGAAGCCUGAACCCCAGGAGCGGGUAGCCAACCUCCAGCCGUCUACACCCACAGGUGCCCUGCCUGACAGCGACCAGGAGACGAAGGCCAAAGGUAAAGCAGAGCCAGAGGAGGUCCCCUGCACCCCUGGUCGAUUAGCCCCCACCCACUUAGAAGCAAACACACCCGUCCCCAAAUCCACCUCUGCAUCUUUAAUGCACCUCCCUCUCCCUCCUCACCCGGCACUAGAAGGCCGCUCCCUCCUACACCCACCCCCCGGUCUUCUGCCCGACUUGCCUCAGCGGCCACGCCUCCCCACAGACGAGGACAUCCCUCGCACGCCGGGCCGGGACCUGCUGGAGCGAGCCAGAAGCCUGGGCAAGUCUCACAGCACAGACACUGUGCCCAAUACGCCCGGAAGUGACGCCCCGUUGACAGGUAGCAGCCUCCUGCUUAGCUCCCCCCACAUCCCCGGUAGCCCCUUUUCCUACCCCUCCCAGUCCCCUGUUCUUAGCGCUGGAGUCCCCCGCACUCCAGGAAGAGACCUAACCUUUACCCCUGUCUUCCCUGACCCCGCCGCACUAACUCUAAAUAGGAAAAUCUCCUCCGAGAGUAUAGAUGAUAGACCAGUUUUUAAGGAGCCUCCUGUCAGUGUCCUGCCUAACCAAACUCUCUCAGCUGGAACAGAGCUCCCCGCUCGAGUCCCAGGCGAUCUGCCCUCUGGUCUCACUGUAGAUGUCCCUGUGCCAUCAGAUACCCCCUCCUCAAAGAAGAAACCCGGACGAUCCAAAAACAAAAAGACCUCGGCUCUCUCUGCGUCUGAAGACUCUCUGGAGCUCUCAUCUGAGUCCACCCUCCUGCCUCAUGACGCACACCUCCGUGAGCUAUCCAUGCAAAUGUCCUCCAAGUCCCCGGACCACCCGAGCCUGGACUUCAGGGAAGUGAAGGUGGAGCCGCAGACGGUUCUGCCUGCAGAAGACGGCUUCCUUUCCUACGACGACGAGGCCCCCGUGGUGGUGAAGCCGACGCGGAGGGCCCGACGAAAAUGGGAGGAACUGUUACUGUCCCCCGUCACCUCGCCGCCCCGGCCGUACUUCAACCCACGCUCCGAAUUUGAGGAGAUGACCAUCCUUUACGACAUCUGGAAUGAGGGGAUAGACGAGGAGGACAUGAGGCUUCUGCAGAUUACCUAUGACAAGAUGCUGCAGCAGGAUAACGGCAACGACUGGCUCAACGACACGCUUUGGGUCAACCAUCCUGCAACCAACAUCCUGGGCGUGAAGAAGAAGAGAAGAGACGACGGCAUGAGGGAUCACAUGACCGGAUGUGCGAGAAGCGAGGGAUACUACAAGAUCGACAAGAAGGACAAGAUCAAAUACCUCCAGAGCACGAAGCUGCAGUCGGAGGAGCCGCCGAUGGACACACAGGGUAUGAGUAUUCCUGCACAGGUGCACGCCUCUACCAGAUCUGGUUCAGAGCGGCGGUCGGAGCAGAGGCGGUUGCUCUCCUCGUUUGCGUGCGACAGUGACCUGCUGAAGUUCAACCAGCUGAAGUUCCGAAAGAAAAGGAUCCGAUUCUGCAGGUCGCACAUCCACGACUGGGGUCUGUUUGCCAUGGAGCCUAUCGCUGCGGAUGAAAUGGUCAUCGAGUACGUGGGGCAGAACAUCAGACAGGUGAUUGCGGACAUGCGGGAGAAGCGCUACGAGGAGGAGGGCAUCGGCAGCAGCUACAUGUUCCGCGUGGACCACGACACCAUCAUAGACGCUACCAAGUGUGGCAACUUUGCCCGUUUCAUCAACCACAGCUGCAAUCCUAACUGUUAUGCGAAGGUGAUCACGGUGGAGUCUCAAAAGAAGAUCGUGAUCUACUCCAGGCAGCCGAUUAACGUCAACGAGGAGAUCACGUACGACUACAAGUUCCCCAUCGAGGACGAGAAGAUCCCCUGUUUGUGCGGGGCGGAGAACUGCAGGGGAACGCUCAAUUAACGUCCAUUUGAGGUGGAUCCCCCUCCUGCAUGUGAAAGUGCUAUCCUUGAACUGAAGUUUCACAGAGGAGACUUCAGGUGAGGGGAAAGUGAAGAGGAAAUAUCCUUGCUUCCCGUAAGGUGCUCUUCACAUAUUAAAAUCUAGAUUGUUUACGAUUUAUGGUGCUCUUGAAAUGAAAAAAAAAAACAACAACAUAGUUUUUUUACCUCUGCCAGUGAUUACCCAGAAUUACGAAAACACUUGACUUGCUGGUACAGCAUCCCCCUCCCCUUCUCCUGUCAACACGGGACAGUAUUUGAGCAUGGUUUCUUCCACAUCCAGUCCUGCUUUGUACAGUUUUUUUUUACACUUUCCCCCCCCUCUGGGUCGUCUCAUAAGCUUUACCUACACCACACUCGGUUAAAGAAACACAAACACAAACAUGUUCAGCUGCUUUCUAACGCUGUUGAGGCGCACAAACCUGAGGCCUGAACACAUGGCAGACAGCGGAUGGCAGCAGAGUGUCGUGGCCCGGGCCAACUCCUGCCUUUCACUCCCGCCUCCCCCGCACAAGUUAUCUUUACGUGGAAAAUAAAUGACGGAAGUUCAAAGAAAAAAAAAAAAACAAGCAAAAAAAAUUGGUCUAAACCUACCACAAAUUCUGGAAUACCAGCCAAUUACGGAUCAUGCUGCUCUCUAUUUGUUUAUGCAAAAAAAAAAGUUCAAAUGAAAGUGGAACAUUUGUAUUAAUGAUAUUUCAGUGUUUUCCCGUUUUUGUUAAGGUAGUCCUCUUCUCGCUUGUUCCUCAAAGACACUAUAUACGUGUGUGUGUGUGAAUGUGUGAAUGUGUGUCCCGAUUGAGUUGAUCAUAUCUUGUGAAUGCGAGUGCACUGCCCACUGUAGGCCGCUUGAGAGAAACUCCAACUAAUCAUGCAGAGAAAGAAAAGUGAAUCAACACCUGUCUUUCAUCCACUGGGCAGCGUUCAAACUAAGUUUAGAAGAAAACAUAAUUUGUCAUUUUUAAGUGCCAUAUGAUUGUGUUAUUGUCUGUGCUUAAGAUGAGCAGCAGGUGACCAAUUCAAAAGACUUGUACAAAAAGUUGCUGCCUAUUUUUUCCAGCGCUGCGGGUGUUUGACGACGAUGUUUUUUUUCCGGCUUUUUGACCGUCACUAAUAGAUUCCUGUUCAUCUGAAACACUUGAUUACUCUUACAGUGUUGUUGAUGAUGAUGAUGAUGAUGACUGCAAGACAGACGUGUUUGUCUGACCCAGACAGACAGCAAGGGUUCUUCUUUCUUUAUGAUCUCAUUAAGAUAAAAAAAAUAAUGCACUCGAGGCUUGCACUUCUGAUUAGCAACUCCCUCAAGACCAAGUAGAUCAUUGCUUUUUCAUUCAGUUUGAUUAACGUUUUUUUUUUUUUUUCACCAUUGAUGUUUAUAUUGUAUAUGAUUACUUGUACAGAAGAUCUAAAGCUUUUUUUUUUACCUUCACAGGGGUUACACUUUUAAGAUGCAUCUCUCUCUAUUUCUCUUUUUUUAACAAAAGACUGAGUAUUUAAAGAUAUUUUCAGGGAUCUGUAAAAGGAAUCUAAGGAUUUAAAAGGUUGUUUAUUUAAAGAAAAAGGUCCACUGUGUACAGGAAAGGUCUCCACCUCCUUUUUGGAAAGAUUGUUUCUUGUAGAAACGUCUUCAUUUUCUGCCCAUUUGCUUCCUAAUCCUAGAAUCUGUAAAUACUGUAACUGUGAAUACUAUAUAAAUAUAUAUAUAUAUAUUUUUGUUCCCUGGGAUUUGCUACAUAAACUCAGCUCAGAGAUCUAUGUAAAAUACGAGACAGGAGAUGAGCUGGUAGCAGGAAAAUUCAGCUUGUGUCAAGCUUGUUUUUUUUUAUUUUCUGUUGUAAAUUCUAUGAAAAGUUGUUUGCGGUGUGGAGGAAAAAAAAGUUGCAGAAUCGGCAUGGGAAGAGGAUUGAGGCAUCAGCCUGUUUCUUAGGUCUAUUUAUUACACGACAAAUGUAUGAAAAAGGAAAAUGGAAAUAAAGCAAUUUUGCAUACAUCCAUAAAA